AUGGACGCUUCCGACAGCCAACGUCCAGCCAAGCGACGCCGAAUCAGCGAAAAGCCUUCACGCACCACCGAAUACCUUGAUUUGACCAAGGACCUUCGCCCGGACGAAAAGACCCAACUAGAUCGCGUCUUGAACGUCCUGCACAAGCGCCAAAAGAUCGUCGUCGUCGCCGGCGCUGGUAUUUCCGUCUCGGCUGGCAUCCCCGACUUCCGUUCCUCGACCGGUCUUUUCAACUCUCUCCGCGCCCAACACAACCUUAAAGGCUCCGGAAAGGAUCUUUUCGACGCGUCGCACGUCUACAAAGAUGCUUCUUCCACUGCUUCUUUCCACCAAAUGGUCCGAGAAAUGUCUCACAUGACCAAAUCCGCCCGUCCCACCCCGUUCCACCAGAUGUUAGCCACUCUUGCACAACAGGAUCGCCUCUUACGACUAUACUCACAAAACGUCGACGGAAUUGACACGUCGUUAGAGCCGUUGGCGACGCGUAUACCUCUGCACAAAGAGGAAGGCAAAUGGCCAAAAACUAUUCAAUUACAUGGUGGACUCGACAAGAUGGUAUGCUCAAAGUGUCACGAAUUGUCCGAUUUCCACGCAGAUCUUUUCGACGGUCCUGUACCACCUGUCUGCACCAACUGUGAGGAGCUUAACAGAGUCCGCACCGAAGUCGCAGGAAAACGCAGCCAUGGUGUUGGUAUGCUGCGUCCCCGCAUGGUCUUGUACAACGAGCACAACCCAGACGAUGAAGCAAUUGGAGCCGUGACGCGUGAAGAUCUUCGCAAGCGUCCCGACGCCAUUAUUGUGGUCGGUACAACUCUCAAGGUUCCUGGUGUCAAAAGAAUUGUACGUGAAAUGUGCGCAACUGUACGCGACAGAAAAGACGGUGUAGCGAUCUGGAUCAACGCAGGCUCGGAGCCAUCUGGCAAGGAAUUUGAAGAUUGCUGGGACAUUGUAGUCAAGGGCACUUGCGACGAGGUU